UCGUUUCGUUUCCAUAGAAACGGCGACAUGUCAACAAAUUGAAAUUUCCUUCAAUUCACGCAAGUCGCGAAGAAAUAAUUUAAUUACGAUGAAAAACAUUGAUUUUUAGUAACAAAAACUUGAAUUGCACUUAGUCUAUCUUCCAAAGAUCUUCUCCAUGAUGGGCCUACUGAAUAUUUUGAAAAAGCUGCGGUCUAACCCUGACAAAGAGUUGCGUUUGCUACUUCUUGGACUGGACAAUGCUGGUAAAACGACACUCCUGAAGCAGUUGGCGUCAGAAGAUGUGAAUCAUGUCACUCCCACAGCGGGUUUUAAUAUUAAAUCAGUUUUAUCCAAUGGUUUUAAGCUAAAUGUGUGGGAUAUCGGCGGUCAGAGGAAGAUAAGACCGUAUUGGAGAAACUAUUUUGAAAAUACCGAUAUUUUGAUUUACGUAGUGGACUGUUCUGAUCACCAAAGACUGGAGGAAACUGGUCAAGAGUUAGCAGAAUUACUGGAAGAUGACAAGUUCGUGGUACCACUGCUGGUGUAUGCAAAUAAACAAGACUUGGCUACAGCAUUACCAGCCAGUGAGAUAGCCCAGCACCUAGGUCUGCACCUCAUAAGGGAUCGCACUUGGCAGAUACAAGCCUGUGUAGCUACUGAUGGCACUGGAGUCAAGGUGAGUAAGACUUCGCCCACAAAUUAGUCAAUGCCCACAAAAAAGUCGCUUUUUCUGUCCCUAUGUCCCAUUGUCCCUUUGUACGCAACUGAUUUUCAUGCGGUUUUUUAAUAGAUAGAGUGAUUAAAGAGAAGGGGUCUUACGUAU